GUCUGAGCUGAAGCUUCCAGCGAGAGCCGCCAGGCGCCAGCAGAUCUCGCCGCCGCGUCGCCGUCCAUGCCGCCGCGCUCGCGCCACCUCCUCCGUGUCCUCUUCUUCCUCCUCGUUGCGCUUGCAGGCGCGGCCGUAUCCCACGGUGGCGUGGUUGAGGAUGCCGCCUGCGCCGCGGCGAACCUCACCGACGCGGCCUCGCUCCGCCCGGACCGCCUCACGGUGCUCCUGAGCGGCUACUCGGAGCGGCGCCUCCCGCUGCUCCGCGCCAUCGCGGGGGCCUACGCCGCGCACCCGCUAGUCCUCGCCGUGGUCGUGCUCUGGUGCAACCCCUCCACGCCGGACCGCGUCCUCCUCCGCGGCGGCGGCGGGUUCCCGCCCCGCGUCACGGUCCGCCGCGCCGCCUCGGCGUCCCUCAACUCCCGCUUCCUCCCGUGCCCCUCCGACAUCCGCACCGCCGCUGUGGCCGUGGCCGACGACGACGUGCUCCCCGACGCCGCGGCCCUCUCCUUCGCGUUCGCCACCUGGCAGCAGCAGCCGGCGGCGGCGUCGGGCCCCCUCGUCGGCUUCUUCCCGCGGUCGCACCACCUCGACCUCGCCCGCGGGAGGUGGGCGUACACGGCGGCGGAGCCGGGGCGGUACUCCAUGGUGCUCACCAAGUUCAUGGUCCUCGGGACCGGCGUCCUCUACAGGUACUCGUGCUCGCCGGAGCUCGCGGCCGCGCGGGCCGUGGUGGACCGCGAGCGCAACUGCGAGGACAUCCUCAUGAACUUCGUCGCCGCCGAGGAGUCCGGCGCGGGGCCCGUGCUCGUGGAGGCCGGCAGCAUUAGGGACUGGGGCGACCCGAGGAACGACGUGAACGUCGGCGGCGCGGGCGAGGAGGGAGGCGCGAUGAAGGAUGUCGGGCUGAGCGCCACAGGCGGGUUGGGGCACUGGGAGAAGAGAGGGGCGUGCAUCACCGAGUUCCACCGCCUGCUGGGGAGAAUGCCGCUGCGCUACAGCUACGGGAAGGUGGUGGAGGCCGCCGUCGGCGAGCAGGGGCUCUGCAGCAAAGGGGGACGCCUCGUCCGGUGCGACCAGGAGUAGCCGAAGGUCUGCGAUUUUCUUCGCGGUGGUGUCAAAUCCCUGUGGCCGUUGAAUCAGAUUGCUGAAAGGUGAUUGAAGCGUUGAAGUACCGUGGCUAUGACAGAUUGGAAAUCAGCUUCAUCAUCAGGGCCUCAGGGGAGCAAAAAAACUGGCCCUCCUGCUGCUGCUGCUGCUGCUGCUGCUGCUGCAGGAGUCCUGCGGUAAUGCAACAUCAAUCCAUGAAGGAGGAUAGCGCUUCUAAUCCCUGCUGACAUAACCGAUAGCUUGUUAACAAGAUUGCUCAUUGUCGGUGCUUCUUGUUAACUCCUCUGCAGGAUUGCAAACAAAGUUCUGGUAGUGCAAUGCUAUUUGCGAUAUCGCCUGUAUGUACUGAAUGUUUGCUGCAAACUUGGUGAACUGAAAGUUGGAAGCAUGCUU